UUCCAAUAUUUUGUCGAUCAAAUUAUGAAUCCUUCCGAAGCAAAAGUGUUAAGUACCGGGAUUUCUGGUUUCCUAUCUUCAAAAAAACGCAAGGAUUUUGCCUACAGUCGCCUCAGUCAAACAGACAAUGAUUCGGUGGAAUUUUCGAACGUCCAUUUUCAGAAAGAUCACACUCCUCUAUGUACCAAGUUCUUCUUUUGUUUAUUGGCAUUGAUGCUGUUAUUUGCAACUGUGGCAACGACGGUAUUUCUGAUGAACUUUAAGCAUUUUACGGUAGAUGUUCGCCUGGCAGAAGGCAAUGUACGAGUUUAUAAAUUCGACCAGCAAAUCACGAUCAAUGGCAACGAAGCUUCCUCAAGAAACAUCUCUAUUGUUGUUUCGAUGCAUGUCAUUAACCGAACUGAUAACGAGUGUUGGUUUGGAGUAGUUCUGAGUUUACCAAAGGACUCAAAAACUGAUUCUCACUCUAAAGACUUAACAUUUCUGACGCACGUUUCAAACGCAGAGUUUGUCGAUUUUCAAAUUGGCCCAAAAAACCAUUUUAAAGUUUUCGGAAACCACCUUUUAAUUGUCACCAACCAGGAGCUUUCGUUUUAUGUCCAUAACAUCCUAAACCAGCUUCUUCCGAUUAUCCAAGUGAGGCUUUAUGAAUUUGUGCUCAGCAAACUGUCAAGCUCUACCUCGCAUUUUGCGGUGGAAAAAAACGUUUUUUUACCAGGGAGUGUUCACCUGAAACGGACCAUCAUGACAAAACGUGAUACAGUGAUUGUAAGAACACGGGCUGAACCAGACGACUUCGAAAGCUUUUCAACCGAUGAGAAAGGAAGAACGACUUUUUGGAUGCUUUCAUAUGACGAAACUGCUGUUGUUGACAAGAGAACUGGGAUGGUCAACAGAGGCGAUAUGUCUCUCUCUGUUUAUAUUCCAAUAAGCUCUGAUUUUACUCCGGGAGGCGCACGUAAACCCGUCCAUGGAUUAGAGGUGUCAUUUCGAAGCACUGUGGAAUCGGUUGACGAAUCUGAAGCGAACGUGAAAAGUUGGAGGGAGAUGUUAAAGAAAGAGAAAGAUUUUAACCAGCCGCUUAAUCUUCCUUCUGUCAAAGAAUCGUUGUUGUUGUAUUUUGCACCGUCGAAGGGUAGUCCUCAGAAAAAGCCCGUAGAGGAUAUUAAAGAGAUUAUAAAAUUAAGUGAAAACUCUCAAGGAAGAUCAAUAAAACUUCCUCCAAUGAUUAAGAUUGAACAGCAUAGUCCUGUCAAUGCUGAUGAAUCAGACAGAGCUGAAAAUGAUUACGAAAACGAUAACUAUGAUGAUGAGUUAAGUGAUGAAACUGAUGAUGACGAUUAUAGUGAAAAUGAUAACGAUGACGAUGAAAAUGUACCAUACUGGCCUCAGCCGAAUUACGCACCAUAUGGAAUCGGUUACGAAGUCAAACGAAAACGGUCUGUCAUUGCAAGAAGAUCGCAGAUCAUCAAAAAAGCUGCAGGGAAAUCCCCGACAGAACGGAAGAUAUCCGAAUUAGAUGCAAUCUGGGAUGAAAUCACUUCUUCUGCCCCAGAUCCUAUUCGAGAACCUCCACGCGUCAUUCGCUCAUCGAUCUUUGGGUUCGAUUUCCUUGCGGAGAUUGAGUACAGUCUUAAAGCCACUGACCAAAAUGAAAAUGAUAACGAUGAUGACAGUGAUAAUGACAACGACGAGGACUGGUCUGUAACCACUAGUUAUCGGAUCACAUUGGGACAGUAUCGUAUCUCAGCCUUCAGUAAAACUCGCACAUUGAGUACGCUAAGAAGCAAACUGCCACAAGAAGGACAGCGGAAGACUACUCGGUGGCCUGUUGAUGCCGGUGACUUCGUGAUGUGCGUUCCUCUUUUUUACUUUCAACGUCUGUGUGGAGCCAUACGACUCACAUUUGAUAUGACAGUCAGUUACAGCUUGCCUCGACUGUCCUUGUCAUAUCCAGUUGAACUGAAUGUCCACAUUGAACAGAAAGUCACCACCAAUGCUACUUUAUCUGGAUAUGCUUCCACAUGGUUUUACGAGAGUGGAUUUUAUACCAAGGGAACCCUUGCUAUGGCAACUUUACCAGUGAGGUUGUCUUUCAAAGAGGAUACCUCACCCGAAUGGUGCGUCAAUGGAAAUCUUGAACAAAAAAUGGUUCGCAUCGACACGGUGCCCCGGUCAUCUUGGAAUUGUUCUCUGGAUUUUUUAAAGUUGGCUGAUACUUGCCAUGGGCUGCCAGCUACAAACACGUCUCUGGUGACGUUUGAUCUUCAUUACAGCUCAACUGAAGGAACAAUGUUUGAUAACUGGCAUUACCCAGUCAGCUGUGUACAUCAAAAGGUUUAUUCUCCAUACUGAAAGAACACGACCUGAUCAAGCGUUCUAAAAAUUAAAUUGGGGAUAAUUCUCUUAAGGGCUUAGCAUUAGUGCCCUAGCUCUUUCAGUCAGUUGUUUUUACUAAGAGCCUGGGAUCAACUUAAAUAGAUGUUGGCACGCACGGGUUCCGUCCCGUGCUUCAGGUUACCAGGUGGAGUAGGCGCUUCGAGAAGCAAGCGUGAACCUUGGCACGCGAGAGAUCGAGCGAGGAUCAACCUGAUUCACGCUAGGGCGCCCGCGUCUCAUGAUGUGGGGGCCUGUCUGCGGACAACAAGGAUAUAACGUCUAAAUUAAACGUUAACUUUGCCAUUAUCCUCCAUAAGGCGCAAAAAAUGAAAGGAAUAGAUUGAGCUCCUUUGAACGCGCAUUUGUAAAGGCGAAGCGGAUAAAAAUGACGUGAAGGAAGUGUAAGCUAAACUUUUCGACCGCACCCUUCAAGCGAACGUCCGGUUCCGCUUGUGAUUCUGGGAAUUGAUUUAAGUGUCAUUUCCUGUAGUCUGCGCUAAAUUCUUCACCUGUCCACUCUUCUGAGCAUCAAACGUCGAUUUAGACAAAGUGUAAAGAAUUGUUGACAACGUAGUUGUCUGUCAUUAAUGUGUCAAGUUAACUACAAUGUACCUAAUCAAUUCAGGUGAUGAGAUCAAAUUAUCUUGUAACACCCCCAACCAGUGCGCAGCUCCACAGUUUUUUGUAGAAGCUUCCCUGCUUAUAAUGAGCUGCUUUAUUCACGCAAAAUGUGCAAAUUGUUGAAAACACGUUCACCUCCGAGAAUCUAUCAAGCUGAAUUUUUAGGCCAGAGAAAUCGCUAGAGGAAAAAACAGUCGUUGAUACGAUGCGGAUGUGAUUUAUAAAACAGUUAGGUGGUGAGUAAGAGAUAUUUUGUUGAAGCUUUCCUCGAAAGGUUCACCGAUGCAGUCAUGAGGUAUUUUGUUCAUUGCGUUUCUCAGAACUAUUGUAUAUAGAUGAAUAAAGGCUGAUAGUUUCGAAAGAAACUGUUUGGGGCUGCGUCGGUGGG